AGCAUAUUCCCAUUCAAUAAACAUUAUCUUUUUUUGACAAAACCAAUCAACCAAUAUUAUCAAUCACCUUCUCCUUACCUUAGCUACCUUCUUUCUAUUUUUAUUCUAUCUUUUUCUUCUUCAUUUGUUCCCUCACUCACUCACACCUUACAAUAAUCCUUUACCUCAUCACUCACUUUCUAGCUCAAAAAUCCAAUCUCUCAUCUUCAUAUCUAGUAACUUGUUGCAAAGAUUUUAUUGCUAGAUCUAGUGAUCAAGUUAGUUGAUCCAUAUUUUGCUACCACGAUCUACUUAGAUUCAGCUUUUGUUGCUUCGAUUGUAAGUUAAAAACAAUUAGCUAUCCACAUAUAGAUAAAUUAGGUUUGAGGAAAUUUGUUGUGGCCGGUUCAACUCAACUUUGAUGGCGAACAGGUGGUGGACCGGACCGGUUGGUCUAGGAGGGAUGGACAACUCAGUAACCUCCUCUCCACUAGGAAAACCGGAUCUGGGUUUCUCCAUGAAUCAAAGUGCUGUAACAGGAGUGAACAACAUGAACAACAACAACAAUGAAGAAGAAGAAGAUGAGAAAGAAAACAGCGACGAACACAAAGGAGGUGCAAUAGAAACAAACACCUCCACGCGCCGCCCAAGAGGCCGUCCAUCAGGUUCAAAAAACAAACCAAAACCACCAAUAUUCAUAACAAGAGAUAGCCCUAACGCGCUACGAAGCCAUGUCAUGGAAGUAGCAACAGGAACAGAUAUAUCAGAUAGCAUCGUUCAGUUUGCAAGAAAAAGACAGAGAGGUAUUUGCAUUCUAAGCGCAAGUGGAACCGUCGUUAACGUUUCUCUCCGGCAACCUACAGGUCCCGGAGCUGUGGUAGCGCUUCCAGGGAGAUUUGAUAUACUCUCUUUGACUGGUUCUGUGCUUCCUGGACCUUCACCGCCGGGAGCUACUGGUUUGACUAUUUAUCUUUCUGGAGGACAAGGACAGGUGGUUGGCGGCGGAGUUGUUGGUCCCCUUGUGGCGGCAGGACCAGUUAUGUUGAUGGCGGCGACAUUUUCGAAUGCUACGUAUGAGAGGCUGCCGGUUGAGGAUGGUGAUGAUCAAGAAGGGCAUCAGGGUGGUGGUGGUGAUGAUGAGUCUCCGACGCGUGCAGCGGGGAUGGGACAGUUAGCGAUUGGAUCUGUUGGAGAAGGUUCUUCAAUUCCACCAGGCUAUAACAAUGUUGGUGGUAAUUUGGGUGUUUCAAAUGGAGGACAACAACAAUUGUUGAAUAAUCAUGAAGCUUAUAAUAAUUCUCCUUGGGGUCAUGCUAGUCAUGGUAGACCACCAUACUAAGUAUACUAACAAGGUGAAUCUUAUAUAUUAUUAUGAAGCUUAGUUAAUUUCACUUAUGUAUUGAGAGUUUUUGUUGUUAAUGUUGAUUAGAUGAUCUUAGAGACUAAAUUGAAUUGCAUUAUGUUUAUGAUCGAUCAUCAAUGUAUAUUUAAUUUACUACUUUAGCUGCCAAAUCAAAUUAUCUAUAGUCGGUUUUAUGGUGCAAUUGACUAUAGAUUGAUAGUAGGCAAUCGGUAGAGUAUUUGAGUCCAUAGCUACUACUUCUGAUCUCAUCAAAUUAAUAAGCUAGCAAUUCCAGAGAUUGUGGUGUUGUGUUUUUAUCAUUUUUCUUCAAUUUAAUCUACUUUACACCAAUGUUUCUUUUUUAA